CAGAGUCUCAAAGUGUGAACGUCUUAUAACAUUUUGGGACAUGACAGUGACGACCAGACUUCAGCGAUGACUCAGUACUUAAAACUCCUGUUAGACCUGCCUGUUGUAAUAGCUACAAUUUUUAUCGCUGGCAUAGGAGGCACGUUUCAGUAUGGAUUCUCUGUGUCUGUGUUGACUUCCCCUUCCGUUUUCAUAAUGGACUUGGUGAACGAAACGUGCGUGCAGAGGUACGGCGUCUCCUUGGAGUCGUGGCAGGUGUCUCUCAUCUUUUCCUUCAUUGUUUCCAUUUUCUGCAUCGGAGGGUUAGUGGGGUCGCUGGCGGCGAGUCCACUGGUGUCCAAAUAUGGCCGGAAAAGAUGCCUUUUGUUAAACAACUUUGUGGCUAUACUCGGAGCCUUGUUGAUGCUCCUGAGCCAAAAAGCGCUCUCCUUUGAGAUGAUCAUGGCGGCACGAAUUCUCUAUGGCAUCAAUUCAGGAGUCAGUCUCUGUGCUCACACCAUCUACCUCAUUGAAUGUGCGCCCAAGAGGCUGCGAGGAAUGGUGGGCGUCACCGUCGCUACCUUCAUCUCCUUUGGGAAGUUCUGCGGUCAGCUGCUGGGGAUCAGUGAAUUACUUGGUACAGCAGAGAGAUGGCCAUGGCUGCUCGGUUUCAACGGCUUCACGGCGUUACUUCAGCUCGCCACACUUCCCUUCCUUCCAGAGUCUCCCAGCUUCCUGCUCCUGAACAGAGGAGAUCGUCAGGCCUGUGAGAACGCUUUGAGGAAGCUGUGGGGCAACAAUGACUACACCAGGGAGAUGGACGAGAUGAUGAAAGAGAACGUUUCCAUGCAGAACGUCAGCAGCCGCUCACUGAUGGACCUGUUUCGGGACAAAAGUAUGCGCUGGCAGCUCAUCACCAUCAUCAUUACCUUCAUUGGACUGCAGCUCUGUGGCAUCAAUGCUGUGUACUUUUACUCUUUUGAUGUGUUUCGUGCAGCAGGAAUCCAGGAGCAGCAGUUACGUUACGCUGCUUUGGGGACAGGGCUGUGUGAGGUGACCGCCUCUUUUGCUUGUUUCUUGAUUAUCGAGAGCAUAGGGAAGAAGGUGCUGCUGUUCAGAGGAUACAUGAUUGUGUCUGUGAUGCUGGUUCUCAUCACCAUCACUCUGUCCCUACAAGAUUACGUCUUUUGGAUGCCAUACUGCAGCAUGGUCCUCAUUUUCUUAUUCAUUGUGUCUUUUUCUUCUGGACCAGCUGGAGUCAUAGCUCCUCUUCCAGGAGAAAUCUUAACUCAGUCUUAUAAAUCAGCUGGAUAUACACUGGCCUGCACUCUCAACUGGACAAGCCUGUUUUUGUUGGGGAUGGUCUUCCCUUUCAUUGUACGGUAUCUGGGUGCCUUCUGCUUCCUCAUAUUUCUGUUCUUCUGCAUGAUCUGUGGUCUGUACACGAGGUUCAAUGUUCCUGAGACCAAGAAUAAAACUGCACUGGAGAUCGCUGCAGAGUUUGAAAAGAUGCACACCAAAAAAUCCCCAGAACCAGACCUCAGUGUAAUCAAAAUAUGUGAGAGUAAACUCUGAUUCUAUUUAAAUAAACUGGCAAUCACGUGGCUGCAGGAAA